AUGGCAGUUAUCUCCAAACAACUAAUCACGAGCGCUACUGCUGCUACAACCGUGGCUGCUGCUCCUCUCUCCCCCUGGGGAAAAGCGGUAGCAGGUGCUCUGGCUGCUAUGGCCGCCAACGCUUUGGUGUAUCCUCUGGAUAUUGUCAAGACCAGACUUCAGGUCCAAACUGAAGAUGAUGAUCUUGAAACUGGUGAAAAAAGAGUCAAGUAA